ACUAGCUUCAGACUGUCAUAGUUGCUCCCGCCGUUUACCCCCAAAAGAUGAGGUGCGGUGUUUCGCCCGUUGGCAUAAGGAUUACGAGAACGAGGCUGACGUGGAGGAGGAGGAGAAAGGAAGAGGCAAUGGAGGAGGAUGAAGAAAAGGAGGCGGCGGCGAUGGUGGAGGAAGAAGAUGAGGAGGAGGAGGAAGAGGAAGAGGAGGAGGGGGAGGCGAAGGAAAAGGAGGAGGAAGAGGAGCAGGCGAUCAAGGGAAAAAAGGAGCACGAGGAGGAGAAAGAGGCGCUGGAGGAGGAGGAAGAGGAGGAGGAGGAGGAGAGAAGAGGAGCAGGCGAUCAAGGGAAAAAAGGAGCACGAGGAGGAGAAAGAGGCGCUGGAGGAGGAGGAAGAGGAGGAGGAGGAGGAGAGUAGGAGGAGGAGG